GUGGCUUAGCAGUGGCUGUUCCAGGAGAACUGAAAGCUUAUUGGCUGGCACAUCAGAAGUACGGAAGGCUCAAUUGGUCAGAUCUUGUAGAGCCAUCUGUGAAAAUUAGUCGUGAUGGUUUCACAGUUGGAAAACAUUUAGGAGACAGCCUCAGGAGUUUAAAAUUCACAAUCAUAACACAACCUACAUUAAGAGAAAUAUUUUAUAAUAAUGCAACCGGAGAUGUGUACAAAGAAGGAGAUAUCAUCAAGAGACCCCUGUUGGCAGAAACUCUGCAAAGGAUAUCUCAGAACGGUGCUGACGAAUUAUAUAAAGGAAAAACUGGACAGGAACUUGUGAAAGACAUCCAAGAACUCGGAGGAGUCAUCACCAUGGAAGAUUUGAAGAACUACAGAGGGCAUGUCAAAGAUGCAGUUUCAGUUCCCCUGAGAGACGGAAAGACAUUGUACACAGUUCCACCACCAGGAUGUGGAGCACUUGUUGGGCUUAUUCUAAACGUUUUAGCUGGUUACAACAUUACUCAGGAAGAUGUAGCAGAUGUGACGAGUGGUGUUCUUACAUAUCAUAGGAUGGUGGAAGCUUUUAAGUAUGCAUAUGCCCAAAGAACGUAUAUGGGGGAUGAAAAAUUUGUCAAUGUCACAAAGGUUCUUUCAGAAAUUACUUCAGUAGAUUAUGCAGAAGAGAUACGACAGGGGAUUUCUGACAAACAAACGUUUGCUCCAGAAAACUACGGAGGGAUUUAUGAAGGUGUAGAAGACCAUGGAACUGCUCAGGUAACUGUGGUGGAUGCUGAGGGAAACGCUGUUUCUGCCACCAGCACCAUUAAUAGGCUGUAAGUAAAGUUCUGUAGAAUGUUUUGUCUUAACCUAAACUACACAGAUGUAUGUGUUAAAACAAGGGUUAAAAAUCUGUAGAAUGUUUUGUCUUAACCUAAACUACACAGAUGUAUGUGUUAAAACAAGGGUUAAUAAUCUGUAGAAUGUUUUGUCUUAACCUAAACUACACAGAUGUAUGUGUUAAAACAAGGGUUAAUAAUCUGUAAAAUGUUUUGUCUUAACCUAAACUACACAGAUGUAUGUGUUAAAACAAGGGUUAAAAACCUGUAGAAUGUUUUGUCUUAACCUAAACUACACAGAUGUAUGUGUUAAAACAAGGGUUA